CCGAGCCGCCCACUUGUGCUAGCUCUGCCCUGAGUUCUGUCAUCAAUCAAACAGGACUGAGGGAGAAAUGUGCAAAUCCUGACAGAGAGAGAGAGAGAGAGAGAGAGACCAAGCAGGCUGGAGCUCGAGAAGAAAGUUAGGAAAAGUUCCUCGAAUCAGAUGGCCACGUUGACGGGGAGAGGCAGGUGGGAGCUCAGCUUGAGACUGCUCCUCCUUGGGCUCUGGCUGCUGGUGGUCUGUGCCCAGCGGAUGACGCCGGUGCCCCCCCAGCGGGAGAAGGUGGCGGUCCGAUUGUCGGGCUACCCUCGCAAGCAUAAUGAGGGCCGUGUGGAGGUCUCGUACGAGGGAGAGUGGGGGACCAUCUGCGACGAUGACUUCAAGCUGGAGAACGCAGUGGUUCUGUGCCGGAUGUUGGGGUUCACCACGGCCAUCGGUUGGACACACAGCGCCAAGUACGGUAAAGGGACAGGGAGGGUGUGGCUGGAUAACUUGGAUUGUCGUGGGACAGAGAAGGACGUCUCAGAGUGCAAAUCCCUGGGGUGGGGGCAGACUGACUGCACACACGAGGAGGACGCUGGAGUUAUCUGCAAGGACGAGCGCAUCCCCGGAUUUGUAGACUCGAAUGUCAUCUCGGUGCAGAGUGAACAGAUCGAGGAGGUGCGCCUGAAGCCAGCUGUACCUAACGCCAGGCAACGUCUCCCCAUCACUGAGGGCUUUGUGGAGGUGAAGUACAUGGGCCAGUGGGAGCAGGUCUGUGACAAUGGCUGGAACUAUAAGAACAGCAGAGUGGUCUGUGGAAUGCUGGGAUUCCCUGCCGAGCGAAGGACCAACAAGAGAUUCUACAAGCGUUUAAGGAGGCGCCGAGCGAAUGGUAAAAGAGCCAGGAGUUCACCCCCAAGGAUGGUGGCUGAACGCCAAGUACCACGUUACCGAGUGCACUCAGUGGUGUGCGCGGGCACCGAGACCCACUUCUCCCUCUGCCAGUUCGAGCUACUGAAGGGCAACGUCAGUAACCAGUGCCCCGGGGGUGCCCCCGCUGCUGCCAGCUGUGUCCCUGGUCCUCUGUUCAGCAAAGGGCGCAGGAGGAAACAGCCCAAGCUGUCUGUAAGGCUGAAGGCCGGGGCGCGGAUUGGAGAAGGCCGCGUGGAGAUUCUCAAAGGCACUGAAUGGGGUACCAUCUGUGACGACCGCUGGAACACCGUGUCUGCCAGUGUGGUGUGCCGGGAGCUGGGGUUUGGCAGUGCCAAGGAGGCACUGACUGGGGCUCGGAUGGGUAAAGGAAUGGGCCCGAUUUAUCUGAAUGAGGUUCACUGCACUGGGUUUGAGAAGUCGAUAUGGGAUUGUGCAGCAAAGAAUAUCUCUCAGGACGACUGCCGCCACACUGAAGAUGCAGCUGUUCGUUGCAAUGUCCCCUACAUGGGCUUCGAAACUACGAUCCGCAUCACUGGAGGACGUACCCGUUAUGAGGGUCGGCUGGAGAUACUGAUCACAGCAGCUAACGGCACUCAGCAGUGGGGCCUGGUCUGCGGAGAAGCCUGGGGAAUGUUGGAAGCCAUGGUGGCCUGUCGGCAGCUGGGCGUUGGAUACGCCAAUCAGGGCGUCCAAAUUCGGAUUGUCGGUGGGAGAACGGCUUACGAAGGCCGUGUGGAGGUUCUGCACGGCAACAAGUGGGGGAUAGUAUGCAGUGACAGGUGGAGCACCAGAGAGGCUAUGGUGGCAUGCAGGCAGCUGGACCUGGGUUACACACUGCAUGCAGUGACGGAAACCUGGUACUGGGAUGCUGACACUGGUGCGCAGGAGAUGGUGCUGAGUGGUGUGAAGUGCACGGGAGACGAAAUGACUUUGAGCCAGUGUCAGAGCCACGGAGCCAACGUGAAGUGCAAGAAGAGCAGCACUCGCUUUGCUGCUGGAGUGAUCUGCUCAGAGACUUCCUCGGACCUGAUCCUUGAUGCACGCCUUGUCCAGCAGACGGCAUAUAUUGAGGACAGGCCCCUGCACAUGUUGUACUGUGCUGCUGAGGAGGACUGCCUCUCCAGCUCGGCCAGAAAUGCCAACUGGCCGUAUGGGCAUCGCAGGCUGCUCCGAUUCUCCUCAGAAAUCCACAACAUCGGCCGAGCAGACUUCAGACCCAAGGCUGGCCGACACUCCUGGGUCUGGCAUGAGUGUCAUGGACACUACCAUAGCAUGGACAUCUUCACACACUAUGACAUCCUGACGCUGAAUGGCAGCAAGGUGGCAGAGGGGCACAAGGCCAGCUUCUGCCUGGAGGACAGCGACUGUGACGACAAUGUGGCCAAGAGGUAUGAGUGCGCUAACUUUGGAGAACAGGGGAUCACUGUGGGCUGUUGGGAUUCCUAUCGUCAUGACAUUGACUGCCAAUGGAUUGAUAUCACUGACGUUAAACCUGGAAACUACAUCAUGCAGGUUGUGAUUAACCCGAACUAUGAAGUGUCGGAGAGUGACUUCACCAACAAUGCCAUGAAAUGUAAUUGUAAAUACGACGGCCAUCGAAUUUGGAUGCACAACUGUCACAUCGGCGAUGCUUUCAGUGAAGAAGCUGAGCGGGAGUUUGAGAAAUACCCUGGGCAGUUGAACAAUCUGAUUCCCUAAUCACUGUUCCAGCACCGUCUCACUAGGGAGUCUGCUCUGUUGUUGGUGCUAAUCUCCUCCAGGAGUGAACUGAGCAUCUCCCCUCCUCCCACUAACUAAACUCUCCUGAUCCCUCUAAACAGUGAACAUUGAGCCCUAACAGCCAAGACUGGAUUGCUGGAUGUUUCAGUAAACACGAGUGAAGUGAGACUAACACACAGUGAGAAAUAGCAGGGUCAAGGACACACACAGCGAUCCGCUAGCAGCAUCUUGAGGUUACAUACAACCCUGUGGUCUGCAGCAGUUCAGCAAGGGAGCUCAGUACCACGAUCUCCAGGGCAACUGGGGACAGGCAACAAAUGCAGGCCCAGCCAGCGAUGCCCACAUUCGGGAAUCAGUCAAUACACAUUGCAUGAUCAUGUCUGUGUGUAGUGAGGGGAAUCUCACACACACACAGCUUUGUCCCCUCACUCUGUGUGUGUGUGUGUGUGUGUGUGUCUGUACAGGGGGGGGGGGGGGGAGUCACACACGCACAGCCCUGUCCCCUCACUCUGUGUGUGUGUCUGUAUGGCGGAGUUUCACACACAGAGCCCUGUCCCCUCACUGUGUGUAAGGAGAACAGACCCUUGUUGUGAAACUCCAGUAGCUGACCUCUCGUAUCCUGGCCAUCGUGUAGGCCUUUAACACCUCAAUGCAAAAACUUGGGUCCAGAUUAAUGUUUCUACUAGUUCCUGUCCAUUCCCAUCGAGUGGGGAGAAUGUGGGUACUGACCAGCACAGCCAAUAGUCUUAGACCCUCCCUUUUGCUCGAACCUGCAGCAUCACAGUGAGUGUGACUGUAACAGCCUGCAGUCUGUAGAGAGUCUGCUCUCGCCAACAAUUCAAGACAGAAAAUAUACAAGAUCAAUAGUUAAUUUUAUUAAAGAGUUUAUAUAUAAUUUACAAACCUUCUUCUAACUUCUAUCAGCCCAAACCUGUAAUUAAUAGUUUGAAUAAAAGUUUGCACUUUUUUUAAA